AUGGGGACAGGAGCAAAAUUCGCGCUUGUGACUUUGUUGGCGGUGUUACAUAUUGCAAGGACUCAGAAAGUGUCAACUCUAAAUGGACCACUUCUUGGACAACGACUGUCAGUGUUGGGCAAGUCCCUUGACGUAUUCUAUGGAAUCCCAUAUGCCAAGCCUCCUGUAGGCGACCUCCGCUUCAAAUAUCCACAGCCAUCAGAGUCAUGGGGACCGGAAGUUAGGGAUGCACGAAAACCGUCGUCAUCUUGCUUCCAAAUUAAAGAUGCUCUUGGCACAGAUGAGACUCACAAACAGAUACCCGACGAUUACAGUGAAGACUGCCUUCAUCUUACAGUGUGGGCUCCGUCAGACAAUGGUGGCAAUCUGGCUGUGAUGGUCUGGAUCUAUGGUGGAGGUUUUUAUAGUGGAUCUACACGAAUGCCACUAUAUGAAGGAAAAUACCUUGCAGCAGAGAAUGACGUCAUCGUUGUUUCAAUGAAUUACAGAUUGGGGCCUCUAGGGUUCAGCUACCUUGGCCCAGAUACCAUCCCUGGCAACAUGGGCUUGAUAGAUCAGCGACUGGCCUUACAGUGGGUGAAAGACAAUAUUGCCAACUUUGGUGGAGAUCCAACCCGAGUGACCAUUUUUGGAGAAAGUGCUGGUGGUGUAAGCGUGAGUGACCACCUGGUGUCACCUCUGUCACGUGACCUGUUUGACAGAGCCAUCAUGCAGAGUGGGACCCUCAAUUGCCCAUGGGCAUACACGGUGCCCAAAACAGCAAAAUUAGCAAUAAAGAAGUUUGCUGAUCAUCUUGAAUGUCCUUCAUCUUCAACUGAUGCAGAAAUACAUGAGUGCUUGAAAACAGCAGAUGCACAAAAUAUGGCAGACCUUCAGCGCGUUUUGUUUGAUGAAGGUCUUGCAUUUGUUCCAGUUGUGGAUGGGUACUUCCUUCCUGAUGACCCAACAACUCUUCUGUCCAGCGGAUCCAUCAAGCAGACCAGUGUAUUGCAUGGGUUCACAGGAGACGAGAUUACACUAUUUUUGGCAAUGGCGUUGAAGCAAAUGAGAAACGUGUCCACAUUACCUGAAACACUGAUUUUAAGUCAACCAGAAUAUGAAAGUCUUCUUACCUUUGACUCUGUUACUGGUAGAGAAUUUGUAGAGCCUCUUCGCCUGUUUUAUGAAAGUCAAACAUCCCCUCUAAGGGACACUCACCAUUUGGAUGUCGUGACACGCAUGAUUUCAGAUAGGGAUAUCAAGUGUCCUCAUAUUGAGUUUGACAGAUUGUACUCUCCUGCUAACCCUACCUACGUCUACAGUUUUAAUCGCCGACUGUCAGUUAGUCCGAAUCCACACUGGAUGGGAGCAGCCCACUGGUACGAGCUUGACUUUGUGUUUGGUUGGGUUCUGGAAAAGUCUCUGGGAUGUACUGAGGAGGAGAUGGAACUCAGCAGGACCAUCAUGACGUACUGGACCAACUUUGCCAAGUCCGGCGAUCCGAACUCUCCUGUUCCAGUCAAGGUGAACUGGCCAGCCUCUGACAACACUGAUCUCUCCUACAUGGCCCUUGACGUGGGCAGCAAAUUAGCAGCAGGACACGGGGUAGUCCACCACGAAUGUGUCUUCAUCAACAGGAUUCUACCCAUGGUUUCUAAAGACUCACCGGAAGGGCAGGAGUACUGCACAAGAGGAUGAUAGGACAGCAUCAUACUAAUCUGUCCCAAGUUGAAAUACAGAUACAUCAUAAUGUUUUUAACGCCCUUUUGAACUGUAUCUGAAGUCCCUUUUUGUACUGCUUAAUCACAUUCACUUCCACAAUCAACCACAGACACCUGUCAACGACUUCGUGGAAUAAUUAUGUUGUUCGUCAUGGAUUCAUGUUAAAUUUGUUUUAGCAUAC